UUUGAAGGAACGAUGCCUUCACCACUUCCUAGGCGAUCUUACCUCCCAGGCGAGUUUUCUCCCUCAGUGGACUCCAGACCCUGCAGCAGCCCCUCGGAGCUGCCUGGGAAAUCUGGGAAGCUGUGGCCAAAUGGCACUCCGCCCCGGGCCCCUCGGCUGCCCCGCCGGCUGGCCUGGUGCUGCAUUGACUGGGAACACGUGUGUUUCCUGCACCGAUUGGGAGUUGGUGGAUUUGGCUCAGUGUACAAGGCAACUUACCAUGGGAUUCCAGUGGCCAUCAAGCAAGUGAACAAGUACACCAAGAACCGAGUGGCAUCGCAGCGGAGUUUCUGGGCAGAGCUCAAUGUUGCACGGCUGCGCCAUGACAAUGUCGUACGAGUGGUGGCAGCCAGCACCCGCACACCUGCAGGCUUGAACAGCCUAGGCACCAUCAUCAUGGAGUUUGUUGGCAAUGUCACUUUACACCAAGUCAUCUACGGUGCUGCCAGCUGCCCUGAGCAGGAAGAGAAGGAAGAAGAGGGAAAGCCUCGAGGCAGUGCUGGAGAGCAGUUAAGUUGGGGCAAGUGUCUGAAAUACUCCCUAGAUGUCGUGAAUGGCCUGCUUUUUCUUCAUUCACAGAGUAUUGUGCACUUGGACCUGAAGCCAGCCAACAUUCUGAUCAGCAAGCAGGAUGUCUGCAAAAUCAGUGACUUUGGUUGCUCUGAGAAGCUAGAGGGUCAGCCCUCUUGCCAGACUCCUUUGUGCCACCUAGGAGGCACUUACACCCACCGAGCCCCAGAGCUCCUGAAAGGCGAGGCCCUCACACCCAAAGCUGACAUCUAUUCGUUUGCCAUCACCCUCUGGCAAAUGGCAACCAAGGAGGUGCCAUAUACCGGGGACCGUGAGUAUGUGCUCUAUGCGGUGGUGGCCUGUAACCUCAGACCGGUUCUCUCUGCAGCUGUCUUCACUACCAUCCUUGGGAAAAAACUCCAGAGGAUCAUCCAGUGCUGCUGGAGGGCCAAUGCUUUGCAGAGGCCAAGUGCAGAUCUCCUCCUGACUGACCUUAACUCUUUAAAAGCUGAACUGGAGUGA